AUGAUGGUGAGGAAAACAACUCGGAGAUCUCGAAUGAAGAUUACAUUAGUCAGCUCAUUUCCGAAUGUCAUAAUGCGUACGACUAUUACGGUGAAUCCGACGCGGAGACAGGCCUUGAUGUCGAAUCAUUAGCUGCACCUGAUUCUGGGGAGUCGCAAUCGUCGGUCAUCAUGAGUGAGGUGAUAGAAGUUGAGGGGAAAAAGAAUGUCCAAGAUACUGCUAGUGCAGAUGAUAAGAGGGAUAUGUUCAUGCAGAUAAUACAAAUGACUUUUACGUCUCACGAGCCUGCGUAUGAUUUCUACAACAGCUAUGCUAGAGAUAAUGGUUUCAGCAUUAGAAAGAAUAGGGUCAGGUAUAGCAAAACCGAGUCACGUCACAUGCGUUAUAGGCGGUUUGUUUGUUCCAGACAAGGAAAACGUGACAGCAGGUUGCUAAUCGAGGAAGGACACAGUCGUAGGCUCAGACCCGAGACACGCUGCCACUGCGAAGCGCACCUGACCGUGAAGCUUGACCAAAAGCGUGGGGUUUGGUAUGUUGAUAGUUUUGAGGACAAGCAUAGCCAUAUCUUGGCAGGACCGGACGAGGUACCUUUUCUUUGGUCCCACAGAAAAAUCAAAGAGUACCAGAGAGCUGAGAUACUGUCCAUGGGAGCUGCAGGGAUUAGAAUUCACGACAUGAUGGAUUCCUUCAUCAGCAAACAUGUAUGGUAUGGCGGUGUUGGUUUUACCAGGCGUGAAAUAUACAACCUUUGCGCCAGGGAGAAGAGGAAGCUGCUUUCAAAAGGUGAUGCUGCCACAGUCAUAGGCAUCAUGGUCAGUAGGAAAUAGAGGGAUCCUAGCUUCUUUUUCGAGUACAAGCUAGACAAGGAAGGACAUAUGAAUAGGAUGUUCUGGUGUGACUCCCAGUCUCGUCAUGACUAUGAGGACUUCGGCGACGUGCUUGUAUUUGACAGCACGUACAAGAUGAACCGGUAUGGUAUGCCAUUCAUACCCUUUGUUGGUCUUAACAAUCACCGGAAGACCACUGUUUUUGCUUGUGCCAUAGUUUCGGACGAGACCGAAGAGACAUAUGUGUGGCUGCUGGAGACUUUUUUGAGGUCCAUGUGUCAAAAGAUGCCGAAGAGUGUUAUCACGGACGCCGACGCUGCGAUGAUCAAGGCAAUUCGCCAAGUCUUGCCAGACGUGUGGCACCGUAUAUGUACGUGGCCCAUAGAAAAAAAAAAUGAAGAUUCACCUCAGUCACAAGUCCUUGAAGGAGUUCCGAACUCUUCUGUACUACAACACGUCCACGACCACGUUUGAGGAGAGAUGGCACGCGUUUUUCAAAAGAUGGCAGCCGGAAAAAACAGUAACAUGGUUGAGACGGAUGUAUAAGAAGAGGAGUCUGUGGGCCGCGGCUUACCUAACAGAGGGUUUUUGGCUUGGCAUGAAAAGCAACCAGAGGAGUGAAAGUCUAAACUCAUGCCUUCACCUCCACCUAGACGGUGAAAUGACCCUGGUGGAUAUGAUUUUGCACUAUGAGAACACCGUUGUACGUAUCCGUGAGAAUGAGGCACGAGAUGAUUGCACGGCCUCACAGAGUUUACCGGUGCCAGUUACUAGCUCGAGGGAACUUGAGAUAGCUGCUUCUCACGUCUUCACUCCAGCAAACUUCUAUAUGUUGCAAGCUGAUCUUAGGAAAAUUGGUGGCAUGGAGAUUGUAGAAAUAAAGCUCGGAGACGGAUCACAGCAGUACAUCGUGGCCUGGAAGAAUAACCGGAAGAGCCGUUUUUGGGUGGAGUACACUCCAGUAAAUUCCGCAGAAACUAUAAGGUGCAGCUGCAGAAGAAUGAUUCGAAAGGGUCUACCUUGCAAGCACAUAUUCCAUGUACUGAAGUACUUGAAUAUAUCUGAAAUACCAAAGUGUUUAGUUCUUGUGCGGUUCACGAAAGACGCAAGGUUGGGACUGCCCGCCAGGCGCACAAGCGAUCUGUUGGGAUUUGGAUGGACUGGAGCAGCCGAAAGAAUGAAAUAUAGCCAGGUCAGUGUGUUGGCUUCAGAAGCUAUGCAUGCAGCAUGCAAACACCCAACUUUGUGGGAUCAGUUACAGGAGAGUUUGAAGACCGUGAUAGCUAAGAGCCAUGAGUAUGAUCAGCUAAAGGAAAAUUUGAGUAAGAAAACGGCUGAUCUUAGUACUUGUGCAAUUGAAUAUGUAGAUGAUGGUGAAGGAAACAUAGUUGAAGUUCAUGAUCCUAUUAAAGUAUCAACGAAAGGUGCAACUAAGGUAGAUGAGAACCGCCCUAUGUCGAAAAAUGGUAGGCCACUUUCGUACGACGAGAUCGGAAUCAGGUGCGGCGCAUGCAAAUUGCUAGGGCACACUAAACGCAACAAGAAAUGCUAAAUAAGAAAAGCGUGGUGGGCGAAGAAGAGUAGAACAGUUGCUAAAGUUAUGUUAGGAUGAAUCCAGUGAUCUAAUAGUGAGGUGUUUACAAUGUGUUACUGCAUACAUGAUACAUGAUAUAUACUAUUGCAAGAGGCCAGUACCUUGAGAUAGUGCUUGUAGCAUAUAUGGACUAAACAGGAGGCGGUCACUAAGGACUUUAAUCAUGGAAAAUGGAUAGCAUUUUAGCCAUUGUAAUGAUGGCAUCUUUUAUGUUGUCCACUGUAGUUAUAUUAUAUUAGAAAA